CAGAGAGGAAGACCUCGCUCCACUAUCUGCUGGCAGCAUUCACCAGACAGUGACGGCUUCAAACACGCCCGGGGCUCUGCUAGUUUCACUCUCUUUUUUUUUUUUCUUUUCCUUUUUUUUUAUUUUGGAGGGAGGCGACCAACUUUGAUGCCCUGACGCACUGCUACCCCCCUCCCUUUUUUUAUUUAUUUAUUUUUUUGUUUUGUCACGCGGGGGAAUGUCCACAAAAGCAACGUGAACUUUGUCCGUCGCACCACCGUCCAGUCCAGCGGGGUCAGUGCGAGGACUGAAGCUCUAGCCGGGCAGCGCUGCUGGGGAGAACCUCAGUCCCUUAAUGUUUGAUCACAGAAGAUAGUGCCCUGAAAUGAAAGAAGAAAAAGGGUUGUGUGAAGRAAGUUUGAGUAAGUCGAGUCUCUUCACCUAUCAGCACCACUCAGAAUGAGCUCAGGCAUUGUGUAGACAUGAGAGGACACAGGAGGAGGUGACGAUGUCCCAGAGGGCAGCUAAACCAUGGGGCCUCAGGCUUCUCCCACUUCUCCUCUUCUUAAUCUCCUUUGCGACAUAUUAUUAUUCCUAUGUCAUACUUCAAAGUUCUGGAGGUACUGGCAAGGCUCUGAACAUUAGCAAGUCGCUCUGUGGUGGCUUGCUAACCCAGAAGAAUUGGGAGCGCCUUAACUUGAACAUUACCAGACAUACUCAGCUUUUUCUGAAAAUGGAGGACUUCUUCUGGAAGGAGACGCAGUCAAAGCUGCCAUUACCCUACGGCAUUAAAGGCAGUGCCUUGAAUGCAGAACCUGUGUAGUCAUAGGAAAUGGCUACGUGGUUAAAAACAGCUCAUUAGGAAGCCUCAUCAAUAAAUAUGAUGUUGUCAUUAGGUUGAAUGAUGCUCCAGUGAGAGGCUACGAGGACGAUGUUGGGAACAAAACCACAAUGAGGUUCUUCUACCCGGAGUCAGCCUACUCCAACCCCAUUUUGCAGAACGAUCCAGAUACACUCAUGGUUAUGGUGCCUUUUAAAAUGCAAGAUCUUCGCUGGCUGAAAGAGAUCCUCUAUAAUGAGAAGAGGGUUAGGAAAGGCUUUUGGAAGCCUCCGCCCCUAAUCUGGUUGGGUGACCCCAGUAAGACCCGAGUGUUGGACCCUCAUAUAUUCCAACAGGCUGCUGACAAUUUUCUCAAGAUUUCUAAUAAAAAAGGAAAGAAUCCAGUGCAUCCGACCACGGGGAUGCUCGCUGUCGUCGCUGCUCUCAACUACUGUGACGUCGUUCACAUCGCCGGCUUUGGAUACCCAAGUUUAAAGAAGCCGCUGCAUCCCAUACACUACUAUGGUCGUGCCAAUAUGAAAUCCAUGAUGAAUUCUUACCAUGACAUUAAUAAUGAAGCCAAAGCCUUACGACGACUGGAGGAAUCAGGAGCCAUUUUAUACUUACACCCACAUCUAUGAUGCACAUGCUUUUCCUUCAACAUUAUCUGGUUGAAUACUAACAAUGGCAAUGAAUAGGUUGUCUGACUUGAAUGUGCCACGAUUGUGCCUUCUACAUUGGGGUUUUGGGAUUUUGUACACAACACUGUGAAAGUGUGCAAUGUGCUGGAUAACUGAACUGCUACAAAACAUUUUUUUUAACUCCAGCACUGUGGGCUCAGCAUUUUCCAUUCUUUUGGUAACUUGCGACCUUUGCAUAUCCUUCAGAAUCGUGUCAAGACAAUCUUGGAGGCAGUGAACCUUUUUUUUUUUGUGCAAGAAGUAUAGUGGGGUGUGAAAGUUUGGGCACCCUUGUUAAUUAUCCUGAUUUACCUUUAUAAAUUGUUGAUUGUUUGGAUAAAAAAAAUCAGUUAAAUAUAUCAUAUAGGGGACA